UUUCCAUAUCAAUUCUUGGGUAUAAAUUUCCCAAGUGCCUUUGCCACUGUAUUUUUUAUCUUUCUCAUAAGAAAAAUUCAAGGAAGAAAACGGUUUAGGAGAUAAUAAAUAAUGAAAUGGGGGCUUCUAGCUGGCGAGGCAUAGGCCAAAUGGGGGUUAUAGGUCCCCCCGACCUCGAUUUUUCUAUCUUCCGAGAAAACGGUUCAUCCGAUGUUCUUAAAAAACGAAUCCGUGGUAGAUUAAUAAAUUCCGAAUUCGGUGAUUUUUUUGGAAAAUUUUGUAGGACAUAGAUUCUGCGAUAUUCCACUUUAAAAAAUGGAAAUUUCGUGGAAUCAGUUAUUUGAUUCAAACAGUUAUUGUUGCCUUGAUCAACAAUGUAUAAGGAUAGAAAAACUCAAUAAUUCAGAGAGAAUAUAGCAGAAAAGCCUAGCUCUCGCUCUAAGAAAUUCUCUUGAAACUCAACAAUUUUCAUUAAUUGCAUUUACUUAUUUUCAUAAUUUUCGUAUGUCGCAUCACGUCCUGAGAUUAUCACUUAAUUUUGUAAUAAUCAAAUAUCGAGGCCUACAGCAUGACGAAAAUAAAAAAGAAUCCCCUCCAUUUUUAAUUAAUCUCGUAGUAUCAUCCACAAACAAGUGACCCAUUUAAUUCUGUUUGUCAUAAAUUCCCACCACCGAAACAUUGAUAUAAACUGACCCUGUUAAUGAAGCUAAUUCGAAUUGUCCACGUUUGCCUCUGGUGCAUUGACACUGUUUUAUCGACUGAUAAAACCGAGUCAAAAUAGUUCCAGUGGCGCCUGUCCACAGAGUCCACCUUCAGUGUGGUUCAGUGCUUCAAAAGCCUCUAACCUUCCUGCUAUACGAAAAAUAAAAAAUAUUGGAUCUCCAACAGCUCUCUUCAUUGAUAUUACUGAUCAUUCACAGAACAUCGCGAUAAAAACAGGAACAACUACUGAUGGUCGAAAAAAAACCUAUUUUCAGCAUGGCUCAGCAUAAUUUUCCAGCUCUGAAAAACGACAGAUUUCUGCGAGCAGCUAGGGGAGAAGAUGUCGAUAAAAUACCCGUGUGGAUAAUGAGACAAGCUGGGAGAUAUCUGCCCGAGUUCAGAGAAUUUCGAACGAAGCACGAUUUUUUCACAAUUUGCCAGACACCUGAGUACGCCUGUGAAGUAACACUUCAACCGAUUAGGAGAUUCGAAUUGGAUGCGAGUAUUAUUUUUUCGGAUAUACUCGUCAUACCUCAGGCCAUGGGACUCACUGUGGAAAUGCGACCUGGAGUGGGUCCAGUGCUCCCGGAGCCCCUGGCAAAUCCAUCUGACAUGUCAAGGUUGAAGCGGCCGGACGUUGAGACAGACCUUGGAUAUGUCGGAGAGGCAAUAACCCUUACGAGGCAUAGUUUGGAAGGAAAAGUACCUCUCAUUGGAUUCACUGGGGCGCCUUGGACACUGAUGGGGUACAUGAUUCAAGGAGGUGGCAGUUCGACAAUGGCACAGGCCAGAUCCUGGCUCUAUAGGUAUCCAGAGAAGUCCAUAGAACUGUUGCAGUUGAUAACUGACAUUGUGGUUGAUUAUCUCGUCAUGCAGGUGAAAGCUGGAGCUCAGGCUCUACAAGUCUUCGAAAGUCAUGCAGAUUACCUGAAUGAUGAAUUAUUCAGGAAAUAUUGUUUCCCCUUUGUCAAACAAAUUAGCGAGAGAGUCAAGGUGAAGUUGGACGAGUUGAGGAUUCCGAGAGUGCCGAUGAUUGUGUUCCCAAGGGGAGCAACGAUGAAUUCCCUGGAGCUGCUGGCUAAAGACCAGAGCUACGAAGUUAUAGGGGUGGAUUGGAAUGUUGAUGCUGUUGAAGCUAGACAGAGAUUCGGUCCCAAUGUCACUGUGCAAGGGAACAUGGAUCCGUGUGCAAUGUAUGCCAAUGAGGAUGAAGUGUACAAACGGGCGAGGGAGAUUGGUGAAAAGUUCGGAAAAACCCGUUAUAUCGCUAAUUUGGGGCAUGGAAUACUUCCAGACACUCCUAUUCCUUCGGUUGAGGCGUUCAUACGAGGUGUGCAUUCCAUUUGAGAGAAUGAAAGCUGAACAAAUGAGAAUUUACUAUUGAUUCGACGAAUAGAUGACAUUGUAACGGUUUUUGUUGGGGGAUAAUCGAGUUUUUGAUAAAUAAAAUAUAAAAUAGUUGAUAACAAUGAAAUUCAAUA